CUCAUCCUAUCAUAAACAGGAGUACGGUUUAUUAGAUUGGGCCAUAUCUCAUCAUUAUCAAUGGCCUCUCUUUAAUGUUCUUUUUUUGUCGAAUUGCGUGUGUGCUGUCCGCAAUAUGCAACAGCACUAGGGAACAGCCGGACUGUCGUUUUCCCCGGUUAACCAAACGGUUCAUAUUCUCUGUUUGGCUUACUCACGAGUCUUGCCUUGACCAUCAACAUUUUAAGCAAAUGCCGAAAAGGCCCAAAGCGCAGCUGGAUCUUCAUAAUGCGUCUUGCUUUUAUUUCCAGUACAGUGAAACAGUCAAAGAACACCUUCAAAUUUCACCGAAGGUAAGCUCUGAGAUACUAAUUUUUCUUUUACUCUUUUGGCCAUUUUAUCUAUUAUUACUAACAGUCGGAGUUCUAAUUCAAAGAUUGCACCUUUAAGUAGGAUUGUUCUAGUGCAUGAGAAUGAGGGCGUGUUGGUUAAGGUUCAGAGAAGAUUAGCUUUAAAAAAUCUCAGUUUCUGAUGCUUAACCAUCUUUUAAGCCUGGGAUUGUUGGAAUGGAGAUGGAAAAGGGUUUGUCUUGGCCCCAUUGUUUAUUUUUUCCUUUAUUGUACUUUUCGUUUGAAGUAUUGUUCUUGGUCUUGUCCAUCACUCACUCUUUGCCUUUUUAAACUUAAACUGAGAUAUUAGCUGCCUGCAGUUCUUUUGUACAGGGAGUAAAAAAGGAGUGUGGUUUUUGUAAUUAAAAGAAAAAAAUAAGAAACGCGUUUUCUUGUACAAUACUCACUCCUUCCCUAAAUUUACUUCCAACUUUACUUUUUCGUCCGUCCCAAAAAGAACUUUGCUUUCCCUUUUUUGCAAAGAAUUUGUGGUUCACCACAUUUCUCUCUCCUCUUCUCAACUCUUCACCACACAAUUUUCACUUUCUUAAUCACCUUGCCACUUUAAUUUGGAAGAACAUUUAGGGACGGAGGGAGUAUAAUAUAGGUUGUUUCUAAUACUCCGUAAGACUUAGUUUACGUACUAAAAGGUCAACAUGACCAGAUGAGUAGAAUAACCGAAGGUUACAUACAUUUGAGUUAGUAUCUGUGUAUUAGCUAGUGUGGGGUGACAGAAUAGUUUCUACUUUUAUUGCUAGUUUUAGAAAAAUAUAGAUCUUUUUUUCCCAAGGGGGUUGAGUGAAUGUAAACAAUGGUAGUCCAAGAUUAGGAUCUCUAUGGUUGCUCCUUAAUUCAAGACUGCUCUUGCAGGAAAUGGACUCAAGAGCUUCCUAGCAAAAACUUCUUCAUCCAGACAAUAUCAUCUAGAAGACUUUAACUACUACAAUGCCAUUUUCUCUAGGACCAAGCAAUCAUGACGAGGUUUCGCUGCCACAAAAUACGCUGUUAACAGAUAGUCUUGAGGACUUGGCAAAUCUCAGAAAGCAACUCUACUCUGCGGCUGAAUAUUUUGAGUUAUCUUAUUUAAAUCAUGACCAAAAGCAAGCAGUGGCAAAUACUUUGAAGGAUUAUGCCAUCAAAGCUCUUCUAAACACUGUUGAUCAUUUGGGCUCUGUGACAUAUAAGGCCAAUGAUAUGUUGGAUGAAAAAGUGGUGGAGGUUUCUGGAACAGAACUUCGUAUAUCUUGUGUUGAACAGAGACUAAGGACAUGCCAGGAGUAUAUUGAUCGGGAGGGUAUUUCUCAGCAAUCACUAACCAUAAAAACCCCGAAACACUGUAAAAGGUACUUCUUGCCAGGGGACACCAGGUGUGAUAUCAAUGAUAAAAAUGCCGAGCAUCAGUUUAAUAAAGCUGUUGAAGCAAAAACGUUGGAUUCUCCAAAAACUGUACCUGGAAAAGAGCACUCUCCAUCACAUAUUCCUCAACUUAUGCUGCAAUCCAUACCCUCUUUCCCCACCUCUGGCACCAUGCCUAAAAGGGAGUUAGAGAAGCGAACAGUGUCGCCUCACCAUUUUCGUCAUUCACGAAGUGCAUCUCUUUCUAGUAAGCCAGCGACACCUAAGAGUUUUCAAUCAACCAUCCCAAAUCCAAGCCGACCGCCCACUCCUACCCCAAUUCUUAGAGCACAGACGUAUACUUCAGAAAGUUGGAAGGCAACACCAUUGGCUAUGCAUGCAGAAAGAAAGGAUCCCAGAGACUCUGACCGUCGCCCCAGCAAAAGUAAGCGUCUCCUUAAAGCUUUGCUCAGCAGCAGGCGCAAGUCAAAGAAUGAUGACAUGCUUUACACUUACCUUGAUGAGUAUUGAUGAAACAAGAUCUCACUAGAAGAGAAUGUCAGGCUUCUCUUUUCUUAAUGCCAAAUGGGGAAGAAGCCAUCAUGGAAGCCGCCUUCCUCCUUUUUGUACUAAAAAUGCGAUUGUGUAUUCAGUGUAAAUUGUUUCUUCAAUCAUCUCUUUUCCCUUUGGCUUCAUAUAAUCAUUUUAGGUAGCUCCAACUUGUACUGGUUUUAUACUCAAAAAGCCUGGUAUUUUUUGUAGAAAAUCUUGAUCCCGUCACUAAAAAAACGCUGAUAGUAAUU